CUUUUUCUUCACCACUCUCACGCGACAAUUAUUUAUCCAAACGCCUGGUGCCAACUCGAUUACACGUAACUGACAAACAGGACUCCUUAAUUAUGACUUCGGAGGAUCAAGAGAUCCUCGCAAAGAUCAGCCAGCUCGCUGGGCAAAUUAAUCGUCAUAAGAACAGGCAACCUUUAGAUCAACAGACACAGUUUGCACCAGCAUCGAGAACCAACAUUCGCGGAAGUAUGGAGUCGUUCGCCAGACCUCGCAAACACCCAACUGACGGAUUUGAAGAUCCCUCUCGAGCACAUCUAGGAUGGAGGCCAAGCCGCGGUGCAUAUUCUUCACGGGGGUAUAUCAGAGGAGGUCGAGCGCAGAUCCAUCGAAAUCGAACACUGGUGUUAAAUGGCAGCAAUGCGACUCCUACAAACACUGCAAUCGCCACCCCCGACGCCGAGAAUUCAGAAAACGUAGCCGGGCAUGCGACUACUACGCAAGGUUGGGUUACAAAGACGGAUCGUCACCUUCAGUUGAUCAAUACCUCUAUUUUUGAGAAAGAGAGCCAAAAUCGAGCCAAAGCUAUGGAGGAGACUCGGAAACAGAAACUGAGGCAAAGAGACGAACGGGAGAAAGCAAGACUGAGCAAGCAUCUUCAACGUUUGGCUGGCAACAUUGAUCAUGUUAGUGGUGUCCAACCACGACCUGCUGAUCUGCCCGGAAAUUACGAAAUAAUGGUUCAAGGAAUUCGGUUUCGAGUUACUAAGAACGGUAGCAAACUUGUCAAAGUUCCUGGAGAUCUCAAUGCCGCUAAAUCGACCCCGAAGACUGCAGUAGUCGGCGGUGUUAGGUUUUACAGAAGCAAGAACGGAAACCUAUUUCGAUCUGGAAUCAUCAAAGCCCACCGGUACGGUCGACCAUCGAUUAAAUUUGACAUGGGUAUCGCCAUUCAUUCCCAGUAUAACGCUGACUUUUCCAACGCCAGGAGAACCGGAGUCGUCAAAAAGAUCAACGAGCCAUGCAGGAUUUUCUCAACUACGGGUUCCUGUCCGAAAGGUCCCAGAUGCCGGUAUAUUCAUGAUCCCUCAAAGGUUGCAGUAUGCAAAGACUUUCUUCUGAAGGGGUCAUGUCCAAGUGGAGAUUCUUGUGACCUUUCCCAUGAGCUCACCCCAGAGAGGACCCCGACUUGCUUGCACUUUGCUAAAGGAAAUUGCUCGAAUCCCAACUGUCGUUACACCCAUGUGAAGGUGUCACCGACUGCUCUGGUUUGCCGAUCUUUUGGCAUCUAUGGUUACUGCGAGAAAGGAGCAAGUUGUGAUCAGCGACAUGUUCAUGAAUGCCCUGACUUCAGUAACACAGGUGUAUGUACCACGAAAGGGUGCAAAUUGCCUCACCGACACAAAGCGAGCGUUAUGCGAACAAAUAACUCUUCCGCCGAGGACGAGAGUAGUGAUCUUUCGAGUGACGAGGAGGAUGAAGAAAUUGACAGUGAUGACGUUGACUCAGACGAUCUCGAGGAAGAGUAUUUUGGUAAUGACGAUGGAGAGACAGAUACGGAUAUCCCUAUGCAACAGGACUUCGUUCAACUCUCGUGAUUUUUUUGAAUCACUACUAAUUAUCUAAUGCCUAUCUCUAUUCGGAGGUUGGUUAUGGAUUUGGGCGAGCUCGGCCAAAAAACAAUUCUCCGUUGUUGGGUUGUCCUUUUCUUUGAAGAUUCGACCAUGCUCCGCAUGAUCGAUAGGCGUUAUGGUCCUUUCUUGCAUUGCAUAGGCUGAAGCAUUUCAUUUUUGACGGUUAUGAUAUAUGGAAAUACCCGGACUAAGAGUCCUUUUGGACUGAGGAGGUUUUGCUCUCAUCAGUUUCUUCGCAGGGAAAAAACUUAGAAAGAAUAGAAAAAUAUUAUUAUACCUUUACUGGAG